AUGUUCAACACCACCAUCUUUGACGGCCAGGGCGCACAGGAGCAGCCGGAUCUUCUUGCGCCGCCGCAACCCAUCGACAUCACAUACCAGCAGCGACAGCCGUCGAUCUUCAACAACCAGCGGUUCCGGCGCGAGUCCAUAGCCCACUCCCAGGGCAUGGGCGGCGUGCUGUGGGGCUCCGUCACCAUCGGCCUGUGGCUCAAGGACGAGGUGAUGAUGUUUGGCCAGAACCACCCUUCGCAGUAUAACAUCAUCAACCCACGCCGCGGCCUGGUGCGGUUUCUGGCCCCGAGCCACCCGGCCUCGCCGCCCAACACCACCAGCUACCUCCCCAACUUAGAGGCCGACUACUGCAAGGACUACCUGUGCUGCGGCCAGCUUCUCCCCACGUUGCACGACUUGCUUCGGCACUAUGAGGAAGCGCACAUUGCCAGCUCGCCGCCGCACGAGCCUGCCGCCCACAUGCUUGCGGCACAGCGGCAGAGAGCGGCCUUGAACUCGGCCCACAAUGUAUUGGAGACCGUUUCCACCAACGACGUUUUCCUCAACAACCACGGCCAGCCGCCCCCGCAAGGACUGUUGCACGUGCCCCCUUUCCAUCUCCAGCAGCAAACCAUCCACCAGGGCGCUCUCGGCACCAUUCUGCCGGCGCUGGCCUUGGGUCAUGUCGACGGGCCAGUACAGAGCCCGGCGUCGCCUGGCCCAAGCCAGCAGCAGCGCAAACCAACGCCGCAGGCCCGCGACGACGAUGCCAUGUACAUUGACGACCCGGCCCGCCAUCUCUACGUCAUGGAAAACGAGGAGUACAAGCCAUUCAAGUGUCCGGUGAUUGGGUGCGAGAAGACAUACAAGAACCAGAAUGGAUUGAAGUACCACCGUUUGCACGGCCACCAGAACCAGACCCUCAAGGAGAAUGACGACGGCACAUUUUCGAUUAUUGAUCCCGAGUCCAACACGCCCUACCUCGACGGCGCAGGCAUGGAGAAGGAUAAGCCAUACCGUUGUGAGGUGUGCGGCAAGCGUUACAAGAACUUGAACGGCUUGAAGUACCACCGUGGCCACACGACCCACUAG